AACGUAGCCGAAGAUACCCGAUUCUAAUCGGUCGAAGUUCGUGUUUUUGUUUUUGUACCGUUAGAUAAAACAUAAACAAUAGAUUGUGUGAUAAUUACAACCGGUUUCAUCGAUUUCGAAACCGAAUAAAUUCAUUUUGAUAGCAUGGUCGUAGUUUGCACUUUGUACCAUUAUUUCUUCGAUUCCAGCAAGUUUUCAUGUUGAUCAAUGAUAAAAAGUAUGUACAGCGAAAAUAAACUCUCAGAGGGUAUCAAAUCAGCGAUUGUUUCUGGAAGAUUAGAAGUCGUCGAGAAGUUAUUGAAUCGGGUCGACAAAUGGAAGGCCAGAUGUCAAUUAGAUGGCUGUGAUUGUUCGAAUGUUAACCACCUGUUGAAUGAAGUAGGCCCUGAUGGUGAAACUUUACUCGGAUUGGCCACUAAACUAAAUAAAUGCGAGAUUGUGAAAUACCUGCUAUCCAAAGGUGCUAGUCCUAAUGCCAUGAAUAAACAAUCAUUAACAGCCUACAAUUUGGUACCCUCUGAUGCCAUGAAACAGCUCUACAUCGAUGAACUAUUUUGGGCAGUUUGUAAGAAUAAUUUGAAAAAAGUCCAAGAAUUGCUGCUAUCCGGAUUGCCUAUAAAUUGUACAGAAAACGAUGAUACCGAAAAUACUCUAUUACACGUUGCUGCUCGUUACAGUAAUAAAAACACCGUUAUGUAUUUAUUGCGCUGUGGAGCUGAAAUUGAUGCGCUCAAUUCGUGCGGAGCUACACCACUUCACGAAGCUUUAUGUUACUCGAACGCUGAAGUUGCUGAAGUUCUGAUAAACUACGGGGCUAAUUUGAAUAUUAGGCCACACAUGGGCAAAUUUGCCGAAAAAUCGAUCGCUGAAUUGUUAUCUGAACCUCACGUAGAAAAAUUAUUCAAUAAGAACGAGUCCGAACCAAAGAACGAGCUACCUCCAAUUCCUUCUCCGAGUACAACGAAAACACCCGAACAGCAACUCGCUCGUUCAAAUACACCGGCUAAAGCCAGUCCUCCGAUGGAAGAAAUAAUUAAGAAAUUGAAGCAUUGGAAAGUAUCGAGUGAUAAUACGAAAUCUUUUGUUCAAAGAAAGCUGAAUUUAUUGUGGCCUCGUCCUCAGAAAAUUGACGAAUUGUUAGGAUCGCCGUUUAUAUUCUCCGAAGAUUUGUUUAUCUCAGUGAGAACUUCUUCGGUGUCGUUUCAUAGAAUUCUGGAUAUAUGGAAUUUAUUUCGGGAUAGUUUCGCAUCGCUUGAGAUAAACGUUGUUUUGAAGGAUAUUCAUCCGAAUUCAGUUCCUUGCAAUGAUUCGCUUCUAGAAUGUAAUAUAAAUAGAGAUCUGUUUUCCGGCGACGAUUGUUAUCAAAUUCAUGUCGCUUCUGAUAAGAUUCUCAUACAAUGUGGUGGACUUACUGGCCUAUAUUAUGCAUUGUCUACGUUUACUCAAUUACUCAAGAUUAACAAUUCGCUUUCAUUAUCGCCAAUUUUAAUUCAAGAUUACCCACAAUUAUCUCAUAGAGCGGUGCUUUUAGAUAUUUCUAACGAAAGUAAAGUUCCUAUAAUGGAUCGACUGCUGGAUAUAGUUGAUACAUUAUCAGUGUUAAAGAUCAAUUAUAUUCAUAUUUAUGCCAGAUUUUCAUCUAGCUCUACGUGGGAUCAUAGUUACAAACAGAGUGAGAUUGUUUAUUUGGAUCGUUACACUCAAGACAGAUUUGUGAAUUUAGUUCCGGUGCUAGAAAUAGAAUCUCAAAUCACAGAUGAAAUUUUACUUAAAAUGUGGCCGAUAUUUCAAAAAUUUUUAUCAUCUUUUAGUAAUUUGAGGUAUGUACAUAUAGGACCCUACUUGAGCAUGAGACUGGUGAAGAAUAUCGACUCAGAUCCAUUAAUCCACGAAAUCUAUCAUUUAUUAAAUAUUAAUCCGAGUAUUACUCUACUGCUUUGUACCAACGAAUUGAAUCAUUGCAAGGUGGUUCCUAAAUUAACGAAUUUUUUGUUAAUUAACUACGAUUUUCAAAAUGGCAAUUCUUUUUUCGAUUCGAUCGAAGCUUACAACAAGAAUGGUUUCUUAUCGAUGUUUUGUACCGGUACAUCAGCUUGGAAUUGUUUAGCUGGUUGUCCGGAAGUGUGUUUGUUCAAUAUUUUUCAAGGAAUACGCGCAGCUCGUAAAGUAAACUCGAUCGGAGUAGUCGUUGCUAAUUGGCCAGGACUAUAUUUAAUCACUCCGGUAGCUUUUGCUUGGCCUGGUUUUCUAAUUGCUUCUGGUUUCAGUUGGAAUAGCGAUAUCAAUUUGGAUGAUUUUAGCAGCACUCUGUCAAGUUUGUUGGAUAUGCAUGUUUUCGAAGCGAAUAAUAAAGAUCAAGGAGUCGGUCACGUGAUCACUGGAUUAGGAUAUCUGGAAUGUGAAGCUUUAAGAAUGAAUGAUCUUAAUUUCAAUAUGAAUCCAUCGGUGCCUCCUUGUGGAUCUAUUUUUUAUCAAUUAUUAACCGAUAUUAGUCACGUUAAUUUUAAUAACUUCAUGUCGAAUUUUUUCGAAAAUACCAUUAAAACGUUGAAGAAAACGCAAGAUUACCUUUCUCAAGUUUCGCUCAAAAGUGCCACUUCGGAUCAAGUGAUUACCGAACUGAGUAAUACUGUCGAAUUGUUGCUGUGUGCUUGUAAAAUUGGGCAAGGACUCUACGUAAUCAAUUCCACGUCUAAUAGAAAUGUUGAAAUAGUUUCCUCUCGUAGUAUUAUCCAUUUACCAUCUGUUUUGAAAUCGGAUUUAAUUGAUAGAUUACAUUCCAUACGUGAUAUUUAUUCGGAAUUAUGGUACCAACAAAAUUUACCUUCCGGAUUACACAAAUCCCUGAACUUUUUUACAAAUAUUUUACAAAAGCUGUCUGCUGAAGGACAAACGAAUAAAGUAUAAUGUUUUUAAAUAAAAUGUAUUUUAGAAUUUUA